UGGUGCCGGGCCUGAUCGGGCGUGCCUAGCGUCUUCGAGUGACAGCCGCAAAAGAAACAAAAAUGGAAUCUAAAAGGGAAAUACCAGCUUGCGAUGUCUGCCAACAGCCAGCGAACCAAACGUGCGGUGGCUGCAAACAGGUCUAUUACUGCUCCAGAUCGCACCAGAAACAAGGGUGGAAGGACGGACAUAAAACAAGAUGUUGCCCUUUCAAAAUUCAAUUCACUUCCGCUUUAGGCAGACAUAUGAUAGCCACCAGAGAUAUCAAGCAGGGUGAAAUUAUAUUCAAGGAGAAACCAGCUAUGAUCGGCCCCAGAAUAACCAGCACAGCGCAUUGUUUAUCCUGUGGAAAGAAACUGCAACCGACUAUGAUAGAAGACAACUUAGAUUACUAUAAAUGUCCAUUAUGCAAUUGGCCUAUGUGUAGCCCAGAAUGUGCUAAAGAUGAGGUCCAUAAAAAUGAAUGCAAAGCAAUGACAGAUAAAGGCUAUAAGAGUAGUAUAAAAUAUGAUGGCCCUGAUAAAGCCGAAGCAGCAUACUGUGUGAUUGCACCACUUAGAGUUUUGUUAUUGAAGGAAUCAAAUCCUAAACAAUUUGAGAAUAUAAUGAAUUUGGAAUCACAUUUGGAUAAACGUAUCCAUACACACUUUUACAAUGUGUUAAAAAGCAAUCUAGUUGUUUUUAUUAAGAACAUUGUUGGAUUGCCUUUCAAGGAAGAGACCAUUUUACAAGUUGCGUCCAUUUUUGACACAAACUCUUUUGAUGUUAGAUCUCCGGACGGGACUAAGAGGUUUAGAGCAAUUUAUGUUACAGCUUCGAUGAUGAACCAUAAUUGUAGACCUAACACUCGUCAUAUUUUCGUGGGUAACGAUUACAAUAUGGUAGUUUUAGCGACUGUACCCAUAACUAAAGGUGACCUCAUAACAGCUUCAUACACUCAAUCAUUAUGGGGAACGCUAGAUAGAAGAAAACAUUUAAAACAGACUAAAUGUUUUGAUUGUAAGUGCGAAAGAUGCGGAGAUCCAACUGAAUUUGGCACUUAUUUAGGUAAUAUAUACUGUUCACUUUGCAAUGGAGUAUUCAAUGAUAACGGUCUAUCUACAGGAGCAAUGCUUGUAUCCACGAAUACUUUUGAUGAUACCGCACCAUGGAAAUGUGAGAAAUGCGAUCAUUAUAUUCAAAGCCGACAAAUGUUUUGGGGAAACAAUGCAUUGAAACAAGAUUUAAAUAAGCUAAAUAAAAGUGGACCACAGGAACUAGAGAAUUUUAUAGAGAAAUACAAUUUAACUUUGCACCCAACAAACCAUUUGAUUGUUCAAGCGAAAUUAGCUUUGGCUCAAAUUUAUGGAAACUAUGAAGGAUACACAUUACCAGAACUCCCUAAUAAUUUGUUGAAUCGAAAAAUAGAAAUCUGUCAUGAACUGCUAGAAUUAGCAGACAAGUUGGAUCCUGGAUGGACAAGAUUUCGUGGGACAAUUCUAUUGGAGCUUCAAGCAGCUAUGUCGAUGCAGACGAAGAGAGAAUUUGAAGCUCAAAAACUAACGAAGACUGGAGCACAGGAUCAGCUAAUGCAAAGCAUGGCUUUACUACAGGAAGCAACGAAUAUAUUGAGAGUGGAACCACAUAUGAUUGAAACAUUGGAAGCAAAAGUCAAAGAACUCUCAAAUCAACUAGAUGCGUCUAUCAGUUUUCCCGAAUGACGCCUUCUAAUAAAAAACAAAUUUAAGAAAAUUAAUUUAUUUUAAAACUAGCUUUUUCCCGCGACUC